GCUGCUGCAAGAAAUUUCUUAUACUCCAUGCAAAAGAAAAGAAAAGAAAAGAAAAGAAAAUUCAAAGUAUAACACUAGAAAAUUCAAAAAAAAAAUGCCAAGAGAUAGAGACCCUUUGGUUGUAGGUAGAGUGAUAGGUGAUGUGUUGGAUCCUUUCACAAGAUCCAUUGGUUUGAGAGUGAUUUAUGGCAACAGAGAAGUUGCAAAUGGCUGUGAAUUUAGGCCCUCUCAAGUUGUCAAUCAGCCUAGGGUUGAAGUUGGAGGAGAGGAUCUUAGAACUUUCUUCACCCUGGUGAUGGUGGACCCUGAUGCUCCAAGCCCUAGUGAUCCCAAUCUUAGAGAGUACCUUCACUGGUUGGUGACUGAUAUUCCUGGAACUACUGGGGCAACCUUCGGACAAGAGAUAGUGCGUUAUGAGAGUCCUCGACCGUCAAUGGGAAUCCAUCGUUUCUUGUUUGUGUUGUUUCGACAACUGGGUCGGCAGACGGUUUACGCUCCUGGAUGGCGCCAAAAUUUCAAUAGUAGAGACUUUGCGGAGCUCUACAACCUCGGCUCACCAGUAGCUGCUGUUUAUUAUAAUUGUCAAAGAGAGAGCGGUACAGGUGGGAGAAGGCGGGGAUCCUAACUUUAUUUUGAGUUUUUUUUUUCUUCUACUAAACUUAUAGUAAGUUCCAUAUGGGGUUGUAUCCAUCUAGUGCUACCUACAUAGUUCUCCCUAUAUUUUGAAAUAUAGUAUUGUAUUAAUGAAAUAAAUCUUAUAUAAGAUGAUUCGCCCUUUCUGUA